CUCGGAUACGACCCCGUGAAGAAGUGCGCGGUGGUCAAGGAGAGCUUUGAUGGCACCGAGUCGAAGAAGUAUACGCAGAUCACGAGCGGCGUCGUGAUCCUCUCGGUCAACGGGCUCUCGCUCUGCGGCAUCACCCUCUCCAAGAUCAUGUCGCGGCUCCGCGAGGCGCAACGCCCGGCGGUGAUUCGCUUUGAGCGACCGCUUGCCUCCUAA